GUUAACAAAUCGACAUUCUGCUGUUGGUUUCAGCUGAAGCGUGGAAGAAAUGUGAAGGCGAGUGACUAGAGCUGCUCUUGUGCACACCGAGGUACAGUAUCUCACAAUUCCCGUCUACCUGAGACUUCUCGCCUUUGGUAGUGCAGCAUCACAACCUGCGAUCCAGUCCGUGACCUCGUUGCGUUCGUGAGGUUCCCUGGAAGUUGGCGCUACAUCCCUCUUGUGCUUCUGACAUGGGUGGCUCUUACGCGUUUAUUUUCACCCUAAAUCUUGUGAUUGCGUCACUCGUUCUGGUUUACGCGGGAGACCGUAAUACAGUAUACGACCCAUGCAAAGACGCAGACCCUGUUCAGAAGGGCGAUGGAUUCUCCUUUGCCAUUGGCUUCGGUGGAAUAUCAGCAUCAUGGAAUAACUCAUCUCCAUGCCUCACCGAGACUCUUCAGAUUUUACCUCCAGGCGUGGAAGUUGCCGUUUUCCGACCUAAAGUCGAUGAACUGUCUCUGUUGAGAAUCAACAAUGUCAGCAUGGCACGAAUCAACAACACGUUUGUCAAUAGCUCGUUGAUUGUGUAUUCUGGAGCAAGGGGGAUCGUAUCUGCUCCGCGACAAUUCUUGUCCCCUCUGGGACGGCUUCCCUCCCUAAUCCUUAUCAUCAAUUUCAAAGGAGGAGUCCUUGAUUCUUUCGUGUGGAAGGACAUGGGUUGCUCCGAGUCAACGUGCCAGCCAGUGAGCCCGCUCUGUGUGGACAACAGCAACUGCCUGAUUACAGAAGAGCAGUGCAGCAGCAUGAAGACUGCCUCUGAUCCUGAACCCUGCCGCCUUGCAAUCAACGUGGCCUUUUCUGGAACUGAUAAGGAUAAGAAGCCGUUGCAAUCAUGGUACGAAGUUCAAGACCUUCAAGCAUACUCGCUCACAGCAUUAUAUGAUACAGCAAAGAACAACUUCCAAGAUGCCGUGGGUGCUUCGAGCAACAACCCUGAUGAGAUCACCAGAGGUUAAAGGGAUAGUUUUUGAACAGUUUGUGCAGCCAUGAGUGGGAAUUUGAAACCAUUAGUUAGCUCGCGGUUAUGGACAUGCUAAUGCUACAUUCUUCAAGAUUCUUUUGCGUAGUGGGAGUGAGGAAAUGUUUGUGAAGCAGACGGCUGGAUUGGGAUACAGCGGUGUACAUUAGAGGGUUUCGGGUCUAUCUAUCUAUUCCAACAACAGAACCACGUCGGCUGUGGUACAGUAGAGGAGAUAUCGUUUCUCCUAGUCUGAUAUUUUCUGGUGGUGGGCUAGCACGUAACGACCGAGUUUCUUGAAAUUGACAAGCCAUUUCACUUGCCUACAUCGUCAGCCUCGUCUAUUGUUCCCUGUUUAGCGAUCGACAAGCACACAGCUACCUGUUCCUUAUCGCCACAUCGCUUUUUCCCGAACUUGCACUGUCUCCAGAUGUCAUUUCCCGAGUCUCUUCGUAAGCAUGUCUCGGAUUGGACGACCGCGGUAGCUGCUGGCAUUCCAAACAAUUUCCAGAAAGCCGUCAUCAGUUUCACCUUACCCGACGCGGCGUCGAUAAAGUGGCCGUUUGAGCUCUCUCAGAAAGAUGCAGCAAGAGGUGCUAAUGCAAAAACACCUGAAUCUUCCCGUAAUGUAGGUCGCUGGACGGGCCUAUUCCGCGGCAGGAGUGGCAACGGGAACAGCGCCAGCAUCUGGAAUCGAGGGGUUGGUUCCGAUGGCGCUGGCAGCGUCGGCAGUCCUCCUAGGGGUCAUGCUGGUAGUAACAGCAAUGACGGGAACAGAAGGGGGAGUGCAUGGGAGGACAGCAUGCGCCAGCAGUUGGCGGUUUGGCACGCCGACCCUGAAUGGGAGGAUGAACAGCCUAAGCUCCAGGUGUCAGUUCCUAAAGGCUCCUUCUGCCGAAUGGACGCCCAGUUUCAGCUGGCGCUGCCCCCGGACCUCGUUUAUAGCACACUCUGUGACCCCAGCAAUCGGAGAGUCUUCAAGAAUAUCACGGAUGUGAGCUAUCGGAACGUGCUGUACGACGAUGGCGACGUGCAGGAGGUGGAGCUGCAGCAGGGAGCAAGGUGGAGGUUCCUCUUCCUCUCAGGAACCUUUGACGUUCGGCUGAGAGUCAAGCAGGACAGACCCAACCUCAGGAUGUCGUUUCGUCUCAUCAAGCCGGGAUUCAUGAAGCAGUUUGAGGGCCACUGGCAGCUGGAGCCGCUCGUUGUCCCUCCCUCCUCCUCCAUUCCUCCCCCCACCACUAGCUCAGUCGACCUGUCUUCCAAAACCCCGACAUCAGCAUCCUCGUUUGCAACAGCCACUGGUCCCUCUGGUGUCGUUGCAACCAACGGGAAAGAGCCAGCUGGCAGCUCUUCCCCACGGGCCUUUUUCGGCAGUUUGCUGAAUGAGCGUCAACCCCGCCACCACCAUCACCACCAGCCGCAGAAUCCGAUGCGUGUGGCCACCACCGUUCAGCUUUGUCAGGUAGUGCAGCCCGCGCUCUCUCCGCCUCCCAUCUUGUCGCACUACUUGAGGGGGAUCAGCACACAGAUUACUCGGGAUAUGCUGAAGGAUUUUCAGACCGAGGCUGCCCGAAUUAGAUACAAGCUGCCCGUCGAUGCUGAUGUGGAGAAGGAGUUGGAAAGGAUCAGGAGUGAAAGUGCAUGGAGGAGAAGGAUGGUGAGGGAGGCAAGGGGAGGAAUGCGGUUGAACGGAGAGAGAAUGGAGUCCGAUGGAGGGAGGUUAGGAAAGGGGGGAAGAGCGCUGGCUACGGGGCCAGGCCAGAAGUCAAUGUUCAAGCAAGAGGGUGUGCUGGCAGGAGACGUCGCGCACCAACUAAGUUAUCAGCGAAAGAGGGGUGGUAAAAGUAUUGUGGAUGAAGUGGACGCAUUAUACUCUCCAUUCUCAAGGUCACAUUGGCCUUGUAGUUUAUUUUUAAAUUCAUAUUCUGAGGAUGUUUAGUCUUAGUGUAUUAGUGUACA